AGAAAACAGCUGUUCCGUGCGCGCGACAUCCUCAAGCCAUCUCCAUUCUACCAUCCAUCGCCAGUGUAGAGUCUGUAGACUGUAUAGCACCCAUACCUACAGAUAUACCGAACACCUCAAUACCCCACCGUCUACAUUCGCGUACAUGAUUCAAUCAGUCGGAUUCGCAGCAGUGGCCUCGCUUUCCUCCGUCAGUAGCAGCAGCCCAAGGGAAAAACGCAUAUACAUACACGGAAACUCCAUCACAGUCCAGUCUAGACGCACUGAAUCACGAAGCUGCUGCUAAAGCUUUCGAGCUCUGGCGAAUGAGUUAUUCAAAAUUCAGGCAUUUAAAUGUUAUCGCGAAUAUUCCGUGGAGAGAAUGAAAACGCCGCCGUCAAGAGAAAACGUCAAAUCGACACGCUAAAGAUCUUCAACGACAAUGUUUUGGAGCUGCAAGAAGAUGUUGAGUACCAAGUGCAAUUCGAUGCUGGAGACAAACGUAUGGCCAUUAUGGUCUCGUUAUCCCCAGAAUUUCCACUGGAAAAACCUGUACUCAGAGUUUCGCCUCCGAUAACACACAAGUGGUGUAAUGAACACAGUGAAAUCACUAGUGCUCCGGGAUUGUUAAACUUUACAGUGCACAGUGAUCUUGGGCGUGUUGUGCAAGCUAUCAUUAGGGAGUUUAGUAAAAAUCCGCCACAAUUUAUAGAAGAUAAUUCUCCAGUAUCAAAUCUGCCGCUUAGAGAUUUAGCUGGAAGAGCAUCGCCGUCGUACGCAUGGAAGCCGCAUGACCUCGCCCCCGCUGCAUACAACAGCUACUAUAACGCUUCGUUUCCACAGUACUCUUCGUCUAACGUCACCCCAAGCAUAUACAAUUACAACUACACGAACGCCGGCAACGCGUACAAUAUCGCCAGCGAUCCGUCGAGACCAAAGCAAUAUACACAACAGGGACAGUUUUUGGCAAAUACUCAGAACUCGGUCCAGUAUAAGCAAACGCAGCAAUACUCAUCGAGUUCUGGGGCUAACGUAUACACGAAUUUGCACUAUGUCAAUGCCAACGUGGGGCCGUCAAUGCAGAAUCAAGUGCAAUAUAAAAGCAGUAAGCCAACCGUCGAGGAUUUCCCUGAAUUGGACAACUUGACGACAGAGGAGCUGAAAAAGUUGAGCGAGGACGAAGAUUUGAUGGACGAAUUCUUAGAAAAACACUCGAAGCUUAAGGAUAUCGAUUCUGCGGUCGAGGACGCUAUUGACUGGGUUGAAAAAACAGCGACGACAAAUCUUGACCAAGAGCAAGAACUUCAAGAAUUGCGCGAGGAUGUGACCGAAAAGGUACAGACAGUGGAGGCACUCAAAGCUCGCUACGAUAAGUUGAUACAGCAGUACAACAAGCUAUCGGAGGUAUUCGCGCCCGAACACAUCCGAGACUGUUUACGCGAGGCUGCUGAUGAGAGCCAGGAGCAGAGCGAGACAAUAGCUCAAGACUUUUUGAACCGCAAAAUCGAUGUUGAACGUUUCCUUAGCACGUACGUCGAGUGCAGGAAGCUCGGCCAGGCAAGACGCACCAAGGAAGAGAAGCUUACCCAUCAAAUCAACGAGCUGAAGAGAACUGGCAGAUAUUGAACGAACGAACAAAUGCUUUUUUUCUGUGAAAAACGAUGAAAUGUCGAUGACGAGAGAACGCGUUAUUGUACACAAGAUAUCCCUCCUCUCAAAAAUUCUUCUUUUUCUGGCGGAGAGGACCGAAACGAGGUUAUUGAUUUCGUUGCGUUGCCCUGCUCGAUUGGUCAAAAUGAUGGCGUUUAUGCAUGCAAAUGUACUAACGGAUUAUCGAUUUCGUACGUGAUAUGUAUUUUUAUUUAUCGAAGAUGUGUAAUUCACUGUUUUGCAUUGUCCUCAGAAAACUAAAUCUAUUUUAAUAUAGCUAUAUAUAUAUAUAUGAUAAUGUGCUUGAUGGGUUUGAAAGGUAUGGCGAGAAUGUAUGUGUUUUAAAACGAGCGUUCUUGCAAAUGUUAUGAAAAGUUACUUCUACAGAUAAUAAAACAUUAGGAAAUUAAUAUUACGUGUUAUGUUAUUAGUAUUUAUUAAGGUAUAAAUAUGAUAUGCGUUUAGUGAGUAGUCGAUAUCGUGAAACAUGCAUAAACGUCAUUGUCCUGCGUGGCAAUGCAAUGGAAAAACAAUACCACGGUCGGCACCUGUUUUUUAUUCAUAGUUGAAUUCAAUAUACAUAUAAAUAUAGAUGGUAUAUUUAUGUCGAUGGCUCGCUAUGGAAAAGUCACUUUUUUCUAAUCUCUACUACGGUGCCAUCGAUAAAGAACAAUUGUUAAAAUACACACGCACGUCACGUUUCUACACAUAGUUAUCCUGCUUACCGACUUCUUACUAGAUAAUACGUCGAUGAAUAUUAAACAUGAUUAUUUUGCACGCGCUCAUAGACAUUCCAGAAAAAAACGAGAAAAAAGAUAUUUUUUGUAACAAUAAAAUGCUGUGCUAAAAAUAAAAAAAAACUUUAGUUGCUUUAACGUGAUCAGAACAUCAUAGGACGGUAAUUCUAUAAAUAACAAGAUUUUCUAGAAUAUGAUUUAAAUUUAAAGACAACGUGAAAGAGUAAACAUUUUACGUGAAAGAAACGAUAUUGCAAGUUGGUUAAAAGAAUUAUAAACGCUUAAAGGGUCAGUGUUCAAUUCGAUUUUUCACUCUCCAAGCAUCACUUUUCUACUAUAUUGUAAAUACAUUUUAGAAGAAGAAAAACGAUAUACAUAUGUAUGUACGAUUAGCAGGAAAACUCGCAAACUUCUUUUGCAGUUUAAAUAACUGGUAAAUAUGAGUUAUAAUUAAAUGAGUAUCUUCUUUGUGGAUGUUCCUAAUUGUCGCAUAAAUUUCUGGGCUCGAAGGGUACAGAAAUAGUACGACGAGUGUAAUCGAGAUUUUGUUUUUACAACUAUAUCAAGGAACUUGAUAAAGAACAUUUUCUUUCUGCGAUUAAUUGCAG